AUGUUUAGUGAAUAUAUCAAAGGAAGUAAAUAUAUUGAAAAGUUAGAAGGGUAUUAUGAACAUUGGAGAUCUAAAAAACAUGUUUUAUGUGAUGAAUGUAGAAAACCUACAGCUUCUGCUUAUAGACAUUGCAAAAAAUAUUCUAAAGGAUAUUAUGUCAUGCAAUUUUAUGCUCAACAGCUUCAGAUACUUGAAGACUAUUCAUGA